AUGGCGUCGCCACGUAUGUCGCAUCCCGAUCAACCCAUAAUCGUAGUUGCGAGACAAAGUGCUGACCGCCGUUCACCAACAGAGAAGAUCCGUACGCCGAUUACCGACCUCUUCGGAAUCAACCACCCCAUCAUGCUGGCUGGUAUGAACGUUGCUGCCGGCCCGAAACUGGCGGCCGCCGUCACGAACGCUGGUGGUCUGGGUGUUAUUGGAGGCUUUUCGUACAGCCCCGACAUGCUCAAGGAGCAGAUCGACGAGAUGAAGUCUUACAUGAACGACAAGAAUGCGCCGUUUGGUAUUGACCUGUUGCUUCCCCAGGUUGGUGGCAAUGCGAGAAAGACGAAUUACGACUACACGAAGGGCAAGCUGAACGAGCUGAUCGACAUCAUCAUCGAGUCCGGUGCCAAACUAUUCGUCUCCGCCGUCGGUGUACCGCCCAAAGCCGUCGUCGACAAGCUACACAAGAACGGAAUCUACUAUAUGAACAUGGUGGGACAUCCCAAGCACGUCCAGAAGGCUCUAGAUGUCGGCUGCGACAUGAUUUGCGCCCAGGGUGGCGAGGGUGGUGGCCACACCGGAGACGUCCCCACGACGGUGCUGAUCCCAGCAUGUGUACAAAUAUGUAAAGGUCAGAAGGGCCCUUUGACUGGCCAGGAUGUUCCGGUCAUUGCUGCCGGCGGUAUUCACAACGGUCAAAUGCUGGCCGCGUCCCUGAUGAUGGGUGCUGCUGGUGUCUGGGUUGGUACCAGAUUCAUCCUGGUCGACGAGGCCGGAGCCCCCGAAUCGCACAAGGAGGCGGUCAGAACCGCUGGGUUCAACGACACGAUCCGCACGCUCAUCUUCACCGGGCGACCUCUGAGAGUCCGCACCAACCCCUACAUCGAGAACUGGGAGAACGAGCGCCAAGCUGAAAUCAAAGAGUUGACUGCCAAGGGUGUGUUGCCCUACGAGGCUGAUCUAGAGAAGGUCGCCAACGGCACAGCCGAGGGAGGGCCGCGAGAAGGGUCCAGCGAAGAAGAAGAUGUUGAUGAUCUGAUGGACCAGUUCCGCCCCUACCUGAUGGGCAAGUGUGCGGCAUUGGUCAACGAGCAGAAGAGCGCGAAAGCAGUGGUCGACGAGUUUGUCACUGAUGCAGCGGCGGCGCUAGCCCAGGGAACCAGGAUGGUGGCGAAGCUGUAG